UUACAAGCAGUCAUGUUGUCCAUGCUGCUCAGGCUGUUUCAUAGGGACAAUACAAUACAACCAGAGACCAGACCUAGGCAGAAGGCAUUCUGUAAAGCAGGAAGAAGGAGAUGGCCCUGGGGAAGACACAGGUCUGUUGGGAAAGAGUCCUCCCAAGCCUACACCAUCAGUGAGCAGGAGCAGAGAAUGAAGAGGUUGGAGAAGCUCAAAAGGGACCUCGAAAGAAUGAGUAAUGAGAGAGAUGAACUCCGGGGAAUCCUGGCACAUUAUAAUGUCAAAGAUUUGAACAACAGGUUCAACUUUGAGAUUAUCAUGCUGGAGAUGCAACAUGACCAGGUGACUCGCGAUCUCAAAAACAUUCCAAAGCAGAUCAGUGAGGCCUUGUAUAAGUGCCAGGAGUUGACUAAAAAUAAUCAACUUUACAGCAUCAGGAACUGUCACCUCCUGACCGAGUCUCUUCAUAUGAAGAGUGAAGUAAAAAUGCUCUGGAAUGAAAACAGGCAGCUGCUUAAGGAGCAGAUUACACUGGAAGUGUGUUCUAAGGAAACAAGGAGGCUAUGUGUGGAGGCCAGCAUGAAGAUCUAUGACAAAUUUUCCAAGCAUAUCCAAUUCAUGGAGAUAUUUUCACCUUGGUCCAAACCCUAUGACGGGCUGAAUAUUAAAUUCAGGAUGCUUCAUUUACAACAUGAGAAGACAACGAUGAACAUGCAGAAAAGUACCAGCAGGAUGUGUGAUGCCAUGGAGAAUUGCAAGAAGCUGAUUGAAGAGAACAAUUCCUACAGUUCUCAACUGAUGAGGGAACACAGGUGUGCAUCAAGAGCCAUGGAUGGCAAGAGAGUGGAGGAGCUGCUGGCCAAGGCAGAGCAAGAGAAGAUGGAGAAGCUGCAGCUCAUCAAGGACCACAAUCCCCAGACAGUGCUGCACCAGGCCGGACCCUCACUGGAUGCUGAGCUGCGGGCCCUGUCUACUGACAACAUGCAGCUUCUCAUCAACCAGCUACUGGCAGCUGCAGACCAUGGAGUACAUGGAGGAGGCGGUGGUAGUGCGCUUGCUGGAGCAUGCCACACGCCUGCCCUGCGAGAACCUGCUGCCCUGGCCCCUGUCCGCUGGCCUUAA